CGGAGUUUGUUUAUAACGUGAGGAAGGGGCACAAUGUGGAGACAUCUCACCUCACUUGCAGCAGUCCGUUUCUGUCGCUCUGUAUCAGUCGGCUGUCUGCGGUCCAUUUGGAGUGGAAUAGCAUCUUCAGGAAUCACUAUCAACAAAAGAGUGUCUGCUUGCCAACGUUAGAAACUGCUGAGACGAUCCACCGGGUGAUGUGACAGCGACGACCACCUGUUCUCACUAAAACGAUGAAGAUGAGGAUCCUGGGGCCAGGGAGGUUCUGUGUUCUGCUGGGUGUGUCCCUCCAACUGUUGCUGUUGCUACCAGACACCUCCUCUACCGCUGCAACCUGGAGACAGAGUGGACCCCGUCUGCAGCUCUCACACACAGAGUUGCAUGGGAGGAACAGUUCCAGUGUGUUCUGGGACCGGGGUGUGAGUGGGGGUUACCAGGCCCUGCUGCUGGAUGAGGACCGUGGCUGGCUGCUGGUGGGAGGAAGAGACCACGUCUACCUGCUGCACUCUAACAGUCUGGCUCUACCUACACGCACGAUCUACUGGCCAGCUGCGACGGAACACGUUGAGCACUGCAGGCUGGCAGGGAAGAACCUGUCGACUGACUGCGCCAACUACGUGCGUCUCCUCCAGCCCUUCAAUAAGACUCAUGUGUACGUCUGUGGCACCGGGGCCUACCACCCACAAUGCACCUACAUAGACCUGGGACGCAGCAUUGAGGAGCCAUCGUUCCACCUGCUGAGCCAUGCUGUGGAGUCUGGACGGGGGAAAUGCCCCUUUAGUCCACGGGAACCCUUCACCGCCAGGCUCACUGAUGGAGAUUUGUAUGCCGGGACAUCAGUGGAUUUCAUGGGCACCAACACAGCUAUAUUCCGUACCUCUGUGCACAGCAGCAAACAACACUAUAUACGCACUGAGGCCUACCAGGACCACUGGCUCAAUGAGCCAGAGUUUGUGGGUUCCUUCUCUAUCCCAGACACACACAGUGUGGACGAUGACAAAGUCUAUAUCUUCUUCAAGGAGACAGCUGUAGAGUCCAGCCAGUGGGACAAGAGGGUUUACAACAGAGUGGCACGCGUCUGCAAGAAUGACGUUGGAGGGAAGAGGAGUCUGAUUAACCGUUGGAGUACGUUCCUCAAGGCCCGUCUGGUGUGUUCCGUACCAGGACCUGUUGGACUGGACACACAAUUUGACGAGCUAGAGGAUGUCUUCAUGCUGGAGACCAAAGACUCCCAGAACCCCAUCAUCUAUGGAGUGUUCUCCACCUCCAGUUCUGUAUUCAGAGGGUCAGCAGUGUGUGUCUACUCCAUGGCCUCUAUCAGGGCAGCCUUCAACGGUCCGUUCGCCCAUAAGGAAGGGCCCGACUACCGCUGGGUGGAGUACAAGGGGAGGAUCCCAUAUCCACGACCUGGCACUUGUCCCAGUGUGACCUACGACCCCCUCCACAAGUCUACGCGUGACUUCCCUGAUGACGUAGUGAGUUUCAUGAGGGGUCAUCAUCUGAUGUGGGAACCCAUCCUACCCGUCACCCGCCGCCCGGUCUUUACCCUUGUCAACGUAUCCUACACCCUACGAAAGUUGGUGGUGGAUAGGGUGGACGCUGCGGAUGGCCAGUAUGAUGUACUACACCUGGGCACAGAUGAUGGCCAGGUGCUGAAAGUGGUGUCUGUUCCUAAAGAGAACAGGGAGCCUGAGGAGAUCAUUCUGGAGCAGCUGACUGUGUUUCAGAAUCACGCCCCUAUCCUUAGCAUGGAGCUGUCUACCAAACGGCAACAGCUGUAUGUGAGCAGUGAUGAAGGAGUGGCCCAGUUACCCCUGCAGCGGUGUGAGCUGUACGGUAGAGACUGUGCUGACUGCUGUCUGGCCAGAGACCCUUACUGUGUCUGGGACGGGACCACAUGCAACCGAUACUUCCCCAGCAACAAGCGGCGGGCUCGGCGCCAGGAUGUGAAACAUGGGGAUUCAAUGAGCCAGUGUCACAAUGCAGAAGAUGGUUCUGAGUCGGUGGAACUGAAGGUGAUCUAUGGGGUGCAGAGGAGCUCAACCUUCCUGGAGUGUAUGCCCAGAUCCCAACAGGCUACAGUCAAGUGGACAGUUCAGCCGUCACACGCUCGCACUAGCAGAGAGCUGCACCAGAGUGAGGAUCGUAUGGUCCACAUGAAACGGGGUCUCCUGGUUCAGCGACUGGAGCCAGGGGACGCAGGCCUCUACAGCUGUACCACCCUGGAGCACUCCUUCUCCCAGGUCCAGGCCCGCUACAACCUCCAGGUUAUACCCCAGCAGAGCAUGACAGCAUCCCAGGCCAGGGCAUCUGAUCCUGGGGCCGGAGGGGCAGGGCUGAGGGGGGGCCCUGGAGGUCCUGGGAGCCACACCCAGAGACACACCAAGCUCCUCAGGAACUAUAAGGAUCUGCACAUGGUGGGCAUGGCUAGCAUGAGCGCAAACGAGUACUGUGAGCAGCUGUGGUACCGGGAGAAGAAGAAGCUACGCCAGUUGAAGUGGAAACAGAGUCAGGUGGACAACGGCAAGGCCAGGGUACGACGGCACGACUCCACCCGACUACAAUGACCGGCUGGGGAUGGGGAUGCACAGAGACGUUGGCUGAGUCCCAGUUCUGCACGUUUCUCCUGAUAUGUGCACUUGCACACUUUCACGCAUGGAUUUAACAAUGGUAUAAAAACUCCCUCCAGCCAGUGCUUACACUGAGCCUAUGCCUUGAAAUCCAUGACAGGUAGUGUGCAAGUGCACACUUCUGGAAAAAGGGUGGAGAAUCAGAAAGUAACUUUGGAUAUAAAGAGAAUGUAUGUGCAUACAGUAAUACAGCCUUUAUUUGAACAGACAAAACAUUAAGAACACCUUCCUAAUAUUGAGUUGCACCCCCCCCCUCCCCCCCCCCCCCUAUUUUCCCCUCAGAACAGCCUCAAUUCAUCAGGGCAUGGACUACAAGGUGUUGAAAGCGUUCCACGGGGAUGCUGGCCCAUGUUGACUCCGAUGCUUCCCACAGUUGUGUCAAGUUGGCUGGAUGUCCUUUUGGGUAUUGGACCAUUCUUGAUACACACGGGAAACUGUUGAGCGUGAAAGACCCAGCUGCGAUGCAGUUCUUGACACAAACCGGUGCGCCUGGCACCUACUACCAUACCCCGUUCAAAGGCACUUACAUAUUUUGUCUUCCCCCCUUCACCCUCUGAAUGGCACAGAUACACUACAGGUCAAAAGUUUUAGAACACCUACUCAUUCAAGGCUUUUUCUUAUUUUUUUACUAUUUUCUACAUUGUAGAAUAAUAGUGAAGACAUCAAAACUAUGAAAUAACACAUAUGGAAUCAUGUAGUAACCAAAAAAGUGUUAAAUCAAAAUAUAUUUUAUAUUUGAGAUUCUUCAAAUAGCCACCCUUUGGAUUUAGCAGGUGACAUCAAUAAGGGAUUAUAGCUGAGCACCUGGAUUCACCUGGUCAGUGUAUGUCAUGGAAAGAGCAGGUGUUCCUAAUGUUUUGUACACUAAGUGUACAGAUACAGAGAUAUAAAACAUUUAUGACAAAAUGUAUCAAGUUAUUCAUGUAUAAAUGACCAAAGUUACCAUAGAUAGCAUUGCAGUUCUUGACACACUCAAACUGGUGCGCCUGGUACCCACUACCAUACCCCGUUCAAAGGCAUUUACAUGUUUUGUCUUGCCUAUUCACUCUCUGAAUGACACACAAUCCAAUUCUCAAUUGUCUCAAGGCUUAAAAAUCCUUCUUUAACCCGUCUCCUCCCCUUCACUGACUGUAGUGGAUUUAUCAGGUGACAUCAAUAAGGAACCAUAGCUGAUCUCCUGGAUUCACCUGGUCAGUCUAUGUCAUGGAAAAAGCAGGUGUUCCUAAUGUUUUGUCCACUCAGUGUAUAAGCUCAAUAUUAUUAUUAUCAGUUAACCUUUGUCCACAGAAUAAUGUGUAUGAUAGAUAUGUUAGAUUUAUAUUACUCCUCAAUCAUCCCCUGUAUUCCGUGUAGACAGGAUUUUGACCCGAGACUUGCAGACUUGUUAUUGCACUCUGGACUGGUGAGUUUGUUACCAAAUAAAAACCGGAAGGAUCGUUCUCCGCCACAUGUGUUGGGGGGGGGGGAUUCGCUGUCAAGCCACAGAUGUUUAUUUACUCCUCAGCAGUAUUACAAUCAUCACAACCACAGGUGUUCUGGAACUUCAGAGCUGUGAUGGGAAAUGAGUUGGACCACUCUGUUGCACAACCAAGGAUGUUCCCUCCAUCUCUUUAUUUUCCUUCCUUCCUUCCUGGCAGAGAAGAGGAGAAACAUUUCCUGGUCCUGUGGACAACAACACUGAGAGAAGCCUCCUUUACAUUUGAAGAGUUCAUUUUAGAUAAAUUCAAAAAUAGUUUAUUUCAGAUGUAUAUAACAAUUGGUUUUGUUGCUAAACACUAUAUAUAUACAGUGUUUAGCUGGAAUGUUCCUAUCCUGUAUAUUUAACAUGUAAAUUCCAAAAGAGUUUAUUUACAAAACGCUAUAUCCACCAAUUUCUCACCUGUUUUUUCAUCAGAAAUAAAUGCUUAUGGGUA